GGAGGGCGAAAUGCGAACCGCCGAGGGCGGAAGCGCUUGCCGGGGGAAGAGCGGAAGUGCGGACCGGCGAGUCGCCUCUUGCAGGCCAUGGCGGCGCUCGGCCGGCAGGUCUUCGACUGGCACCGCCUGGUCCCCCUCACCUGGGCCCAUGUUGCUAGGCAGACCCAUCGAGGAGAACAGAAAAGGACGUGUCCAUGUUUAUUGUAUAAACUGACCACAGCCUCCAGUGGAGGGGGCCUUGAGAAGUUAUCCCAUGUGGAAUCCAGAACGUACGUGCAGGAACCAGCGUGCAGGAUGCGUUUCACUCGGUACUCCCUUGAGAAGCGGAGGACUCCCGUGGCUCCAGGAUUUGUGGAGCAAGAGAAGGUCAUCAGUUCCCUCCUGGACAUGGGUUUCAGUGACGUCCACAUUAACGGAUUGCUCCAUCUGUGGCCAAGUACACACACUCAACAGUUGCUGGACAUCAUUUCAGAAUUAAUACUCUUGGGUUUGAACCCAGAGCCUGUGUACAUGGCCUUGAAGCAAAGUCCUCAGUUGUUGAAACUGCCUAUACUGCACAUGAAGAAGCGCUCCGGCUAUCUGCGAAAGCUUGGUCUUGGAGAAGGGAAACUAAAGACGGUGCUUCUCUGUUGCCCUGAAAUCUUCACCAUGCAUCAGAGGGACAUUGACAGCAUUGUUGGUGUUCUCAAGGAGAAAUGUCUUUUCACGGUACAACAGGUGACCAAGAUUUUACACAGAUGCCCCUAUGUUCUUCGGGAGGACCCCGGUGAACUGGAAUACAAAUUCCAGUAUGCCUAUUUUAGGAUGGGGGUUAAACACUCAGACAUGGUGCGGACCGACUUCCUGCAAUACUCCAUAACCAAGAUCAAGCAGAGACACGUGUUCCUCGAGCGCCUAGGACGGUACCAAACCCCUGAUAAGAAGGGUCAGACACAGAUUCCCAAUCCUCUUCUGAAGGACAUUCUCAGAGUCUCAGAAGCUGAGUUUCUGGCCAGGACAGCCUGUUCCUCCACUGAGGAGUUUGAAGUUUUUAAGAAGCUCUUUGCUCGGGAGGAGGAAGAGGGGUCUAAGAGCCACAUGCCUUACAGCAAAAGCUUAAGUCUGGAUGAGGAUGAGGAUGAGGACGAGGAAGAGGAGGAGGUCGAAGAGUGACGGGAGGAUGGAGGUUGGGAAUGAAGAGCCCAGCAAUACCAAAGAGUAUUAUGAAUUUCUCAAAGUUUUCGAGAGUUUUACUUGGACCUUGUCAUGUUAUUUUUCCUUCUAAAACUGGUCUUCUGGUGAAACAUAUUAUAAAUCACCUGAGAAGUGGGUCAGACUAAACAGGAGCUGUCUUGGUUUGAUCUGUUGUUAGGUUUCUGUGGGGGGCCCUCUUCCUUCCUGUGUGGAAGACAGACUGAGCUGUUAAAAUCAGGGGACUCAAUACCUCAACAUUUGGUUUUGUUUUUUUCCUCUCUUGAUAUGUGAUAACUUCAUGACAGUGUGGGGAAUAGGGUUCUUGACUCUGGUUCAAGUGUCAUUUUACAUUUCCUUACAGUGAUAAAGAUGAAAUUAUGAGUAGGCACUGAGGUUUUAAUACAUCACAGCACUUUAUUUUAUGCAAACAAGUAGCAGGUUUUCCCCCAAAACACUUGUGUUUUUAAUCCACAAAUACUACUUCAUAAUUGUGUUCAGUGUAUAGCAUUGUCAAGGAAGGUGGUUAGUGAUGGUUUCAUUUUGCACAGCUGCUUAAUACCAGCUGAGUGUUCGGGUACUUUUCUCUUUCUCUGGGACGAAUGGGCCCUGGCUCUGACCUUUCAGGGAAGUUGGCUUUGCUCCUGGCUUGUGGGCUGUCUGCAGGCCCACAGUUUCUGGUUGCUAGUGAGUGCUGCCCUGGAGUGUGGCAGAACGGGAGGGGGCUGGGGGGAGCGGUGUCAUCCGGUCAACUCCCCAUCGCCCAUCUCACAGAGGCAGCUUCUGAGACCGGAGGAGAAGAGCACUUGCACAGGGUCUUUGAGCGGGGUGGGGCCUUGUGUCCUUCAGGGAGCUCCUAGGACACUGUGGUGGUGGGAGUCCCCUCGGGAAACCGGGGGAGCUGAGGGGUGAUUUAAAGAGUUGGGUCGGGGGUGGGUUUUGAUGUUAGUUGUCUCUGAGGUAGAGGCCCAGCCCUCAUGGCAUGGGCUCUAUGAGGGAGGACUGGUGCACCCCAGAAUGUCCUGGGCAUCCCUUCCUUGAGGGGAGCUGGCACAUGGUUGUUGAUACAGAAAGCAUUUUUGGUAAUGUGACCAAAAUCCAGGACUUGACAGCAUUUUAACAACUAGGUAAAACCGCUUGGCCUUAUUUUCCCUGCAGAGACUGAGUAAGAGUCUUGUCAGGCAGCAGUUUCCACCUGGAGUGAUCUUGACCCCAGGGAGCAUCCAGCAACAUCUGAGGACGUUUUUGGUUGUUAGGACUGAGGGAGGGUGCCAUUGGGGUCCAGCGGCUGGGGGCUGGGUUGCCGUGAACCGUCCUGUGGUGCAUAGGGCAGCCUCAGACAGGGCUGUGCAGCCUGAAACAUCAGCAAUGCUGAGGCCUAGGAGCUGCCUGAUGGCCUGGUGCAGCAGAAUACAGUUGUAUGGGUUUGUGGGAAUGUCCGAUUGGAAGCAGGCUGACACUGCUUAUGUUUCUUUUGUUUAAAAGAAAGUAAAUAACUGAGUUUUUAAGUUCCUUUCCUGUGUUUACCAGAAUGCUGCUGGGAGAUGUGAGCUGUGUUUACUGUGGGGACUCAGCACUGAGGUGUGGAUGCUUUUGUUUUUUUUCUGGGCUUAUAUUCCAGCAUGAUGGCAAAAAGAAAGACAUUUUCUGCAAAGAAAAGUAGCUCAGUGAAUCCCCGUGUGUGGGAGUGAGAUGUGGUGGCAGGAGGCAGCCAUGGGAAGAGCCCCGGCUGAGAGAGGUGCCUGUUGGGCUUGCUGGCAGGAGAGCUGUGGUGUUGGCACAGGUCUCCUCACCCACCUCUGUGACAGCCCACAUGCAAUGGGAAGGAAGGCUUUGUCUUUACUGGUUUUCUUGGCCAUGGGCAAAAUUACUAAAAAUGAAGACAUUUCACUCUGCCACUGUUUUCACUUACUCUUCCAUUUUGUGGCGUCCCCAACCGACCGACACUUUCUGUGGAACCUCAGAUGGGUUCUUAUGUUCCGUCAGGGGACUCAGAAUUAUAAAUUUGCAUGAUUAGCGUGGCUAACUUAGUAACUCAUGAUUGCUCCUUUCAUUUUGAUAAAGAAAUGAAUUUUUAUGCACCUGAAAAUUUUGAUUGCAUUAAUAGUAAUUUCCUUGGGUAGAGUUUGACUGUAUGUUUGAGGAAGACGCUGGAGUUUUUGAAGGGAUUUUGUGAAAAAAAAAA